ACCUCCGGAGGGAGAGGCGCGCGGUUUGUCGCGCCGCGGGCACAGCACCGCAGCACGCGGCGGGCCCGCGCACCGCUCGCGGCUCGCCGCCGCCCGCCAUGGCCGACAUGCCGGAUCUCUCGCACCUGACGCCCGAGGAGCGCGCCAUCAUCGAGAACGUCAUGCUGCGCCAGCGACAGGAGGAGCAGCGUGAGCACGAGAUCAUGAGACGAAAGCAAGAUGAAGUCGCGGUGUUGGAGCAGACAAUUCGCACGAGGAACGAAAUGCAGCGAGCUGCCGGAGUUGAGCUAGCUGCCACGUGCCAUAUCUGUCUCAAAACCAAGUUUGCUGACGGCGUCGGCCACUCCUGCCACUACUGCAGGGUGAGGUGCUGCGCCAGGUGUGGUGGGAAAGUUACACUCCGUUCUAAUAAGGUUAUAUGGGUUUGCAUAUUAUGUCGCAAAAAACAAGAACUGCUAUCAAAAACAGGACAAUGGAUACACAAAGGCGCUGGUCAAGAUUCUAUGUUAUGGCGAAUGGAAGCCGAUAUGCGCGGUUUUCCAACUCAACCUGAUUCGUCUCUUGACAAGCGACCCAAACUAGAACGAGCUCACAGCGCGGCGGAAAAAGAAAAUCUUCCGCUUCAGAGAUCUAGCAGCGCACUACGUCGACAGUACAGCCAGCAAGAAACAUCUCGGUGUUACGGAGAAUUAGAAGGCUUAGCUAGAACGCAUCCACAUUUAGUGCAUCCAAGACAAAAGGCUGCUUAUGGUGUGGACGAUAAUAUUCCCCAAGCGCCAUCGUCACAGUUAAUGCCUCAUGUACAGUCGCACCCACCACUGCCUCCGCGUUCCUCCUCUUCCGACGACGAAGUGGUCGAGUGCGUGUCCGACGAGAACGAUGAAUGUCGAGAUCGAGGACAACUUGAGGCGUGUGGGUCCCGGCACCCGCACCUGCGCAGCGCCAGUGUAGCUGUCAACAAUUAUUACAAUUUGACUAAUCAUUCGCCGAGCACUUACGAGUCAGACGCGCGGAGUGCAUUCGAAUCGGGCAGACCGGCGGGUAGCGGUCGCAGCUUCGACUCCGUGACGGACUGCCGGUGGCGAGCUCGCGACGACGGAGAGGGCGCCUAUCUGCGCCCGUACGCGCCGGACGAGGGCCCGCGCCCCGACCGAGCUGUCUAUAAGAGUGCCUAUUUGUGGGAAGACUCCUCUGAUAACAGACGUUUUACUGAAAGGAGAAAAAAGACUGUUCGCUUUGAUGGCCACGAGGGCGCCGCGACUUUUCCCCGAGGUGGGCGAGACGCGUCGGCUGCGCCCCAAGACUGGGCUUCCCUUCGCUGGGAGUCCGAACGCCAGACCAGCCAAGACUCUGCGACCAAAGACUCGGGCAUCGAUACCUCUAGUACCUUCACGUCAAGUGAAGAUUCCAAUAGAGGCGAUUGCCCAAAGUUUCCGCAAAGCUGGCAAGUGUCUGCGGACGGAACUCGGAUGGUGGGCCACAUGGUGCUGCGCAAGAGCGUAGUGGAGGGGAGUUCGCACUCCUCAGCCGCUAUCCUCGGACUGAAAGUUGUGGGCGGCAAGCUGAUGCCAGAUGGCAGCAGAUGUGCUGUAGUAGAGAAAGUCAAGAAAGGCUCCAUUGCAGAUUUGGAAGGGCAACUGAGGAUAGGUGACGAAGUUCUUCAAUGGAAUGGAAAAGCUCUUCAAGGUCGAAGUGCAGAUGAAGUAGCAGAAGUUGUUGCGGAUAGCAAGCACGAUUCUCAUGUCGAGUUGGUUGUUUCGCGACCUAUCACCGCCUCUAGGGCGCCAGCCCAGCCUUGGAGGAAUCACAAAGAAGUCUACACGGAGGUUAUGGGAGGUUGUGAGAAGCCCAGUGUACUAGUGACUUCACCAGGGUCUCCUGAUGUGCACGCCCGCCGUCGUCCAGGGAGAUAUAACCAUCAUAACGCCAAUGUUGCUGGUAGAAUACAGCUCAAAGUGUACUUCGACAUCAGCGCUCUACAGUUGCUGGUAACAGUUGUCUCCGCCAAUGGCUUGACUCCCAGGUCGGACGGGUCCCCACGUUGCCCAUAUUGCAAAAUUUUCCUAUUGCCCGACAAGAGUGAAAAAAGCAAACGUAGAACCAAAACUUUGGCGAAUACUUUAGAACCAAGAUGGAAUCAGACCUUCGUUUACUGUGGUAUACGUAUUACUGAUAUAAAGAAGAGGGUUUUAGAGGUAACCGUUUGGGAUCUUAAUCGAUAUGGACCAAACGAUUUCCUCGGAGAAGUUCUUUUGGAACUUGAUAACAUAGUCAUGAAUCACGAACCAAACUGGUACACUCUACGCCCUCACGAAGAAUCUGUUAGUUUUAGUAGAUAUCGUGAAGAUGAGGCGGAUGGCGAGCACUUAUCUCCUCCGUCGACUUCCACGUCCCGUCUGUCAGACUCCGACACUCCAAGCGAGUGCGAUCUUCGUCGCCAUCACUCGCUCUCAAGCCUAGGCUCCAGCUCCAGUCCACCGCCAACACAAGAUAGAAUGGACAUGGAUGGAACUAGAAACAGCAGACGAGACGUGUCCCCAGCAGGACGAGUGCGAGCUGCUGGCUUAUCCAGGGAGCGAAGUGGAGGGUACAGCGUGGCGCGUUCGCAGUCGGCGGCAGGCGUAGCGCGGCCGGCGCGCGCGCGCAGCAAGUCGCCGCGCCGCUCGCUGUCGCCGCCCGCCGACGCUGCCGGCUGGCGAUACACAGGUGCCCACCCGGCGCCGCGCCGACCAACCCCACCCGACCCCGAGGUUAACGAGGAGCGAGGCGGUGACGGGUCGAGAUUACCGACACAUGCAUAUGCACCGCGUUUUCAAUCACGGUCGGCGACCGCCACGCCCACUACCAGUCCAAAGAAAAGGCAGCUGCCUCAAAUACCACAUCAUCAGGGUGCCCAGAGGGCAGUGCGUGCGCAAGUGUCAGCGGACCUGGAAGAACGUAAGUGGAUCGCCCCGCAUCACAUUGGCGCCACACUUACCUACCGCAGCACGCCACAAGGUCAAUACACGCCUACCUCGUCCAAAGCAAUCGGUUGGGAACGUCACUACGCCGGGCUGUCUGACUCCGAGCUGGCAGCUCGGGGCGGAGGCGGAGGUGGUGGAGGUUGGGCGCCCAGACGAAGAUUAUCGCCGGACGCUGCCGCUGCAGACUCGGAUCUAGAGUCCGUGGGUUCUGUCACUUCUAGCGCUUUCAGCACACAAUCUGAGAGACCUCGACCUACCCGCAUGCUCAGUAAUGACUAUAACGGGCGAGAGAAUGGGCGCGGUAACAACCAGUCGCAACCACUGGAGAGGCGCGAGUCGCGGCGAGGGCAGUUCACAAGGAGUCUCAGCAAUGCUGAUGUACCACCUGAUGAGAAAGCAGAUGGCAGCCUCAGCGACACCGCACUCGGAGGAGCCGGUGAACUGGAGCCAACCAGUGACGACGUGUUGUUGAAAGCUGAGCCCCGGGAUUACUUCGGCCCCGGUAUGGGCAAGAAGAGUAAUUCGACCUCACAAUUAUCAGCUACAGGACGGAAAAGGAGGUUAGGUUUCGGUAAACGUGGAAAAAAUUCGUUUACGGUUCAACGCAGCGAGGAGGUGGUGCCCGGAGAAAUGCGGGGCGCCGUCGCAGGAGUCUCGCGGGCUUCUUCGGCCUCCAGCGAAAACGACGAUGACAGGUGGUCCCCUGGUAUGCGCGGAUCUGGUUCGUCGGACGGCGGAGGUCUGUCAGACUUCAUCGACGGUCUGGGCCCUGGUCAACUGGUCGGACGACAGUUGUUGGGAGCCCCCACUUUGGGCGACGUGCAACUGUCCAUGUGUUACCAGAAAGGAUUCCUUGAGGUGGAGGUAAUCCGUGCUAGAGGUCUCCAAGCCAGACAAGGCAGCCGAACACUGCCCGCGCCUUAUGUAAAAGUGUACCUGGUGAACGGCAAGCGGUGUGUCGCCAAAGCUAAAACGAGCACCGCGCGCCGCACGCUGGACCCGCUUUACCAGCAAACACUCACUUUCAGAGAGAACUACAAAGGUUGCGUCUUACAGGUCACAGUAUGGGGCGAUUAUGGGCGUAUUGAAGGCAAGAAAGUGUUCAUGGGAGUCGCCCAGAUUAUGCUUGAUGACCUCAAUCUUUCCAACAUUGUCAUCGGAUGGUACAAGCUUUUCGGCACUACUUCUUUGUAACCGAGGGGGUCUUCUUAAUAUUGGAAGAACUUAUAUCAACAAAACAAAGAUUAAAAAUUGUCCAAAUAAUUAAUAAAUUUAGUGAUACUGCUUUAAUAUCAUAAUAAAACGCGAAAUAUCUUGAAUACUUAUAGGACAUUUUCUAUAAAACGAAACAUUAUAAGAUAAUAAUUUGUAUAUUUAUUUUCUUUUGGAAUGCCUACCGGAGUUUUGAAUAGAUAGCAUUUUAUAGCAAUGAAACAAAUGUAUAGUGUACUCAAUAAUAUGUAAUUAAGUAUUAAAAGCCAAAUGC